AUGUACUGGUCACAUGUGCUUUUAGCAGCUAGUAUCUCCGCCGCUCAUAUCAUUAAGCCCUUUUCAGAACAGUUUCUUCUUGCUGCUUAUGAUGAAGAUUAUACUUACAAUUUACAAUAUGAAACUCAAUACCUCAAUGCACCAGUCCAAAGAAUCGAUCAUCAAUUUACCAAACUUUUUAUUCCCAAGUGUAUGGACAACACAAGUAUAGCCACGUCAAAAUACAUCGAAGGAAGAAUAUUGAUUAAUGGAAGUUAUAAAGUUGAUAAUUUGAAUAACGAGGGAUUACAUUUUAUCCGAGUUGAUAAGCGGACUAAUCGAUUAAAAGCUUGUCCCAAGGGGGAUUUAUCUACUGGAUUUAGUUUGUUUAGGGAUGAAUUAUUGUAUAACAAAGUUGGCAAAUGGUCAUUGUGUUUUGAUAAUGAAUGUAAUUGUUCAUAUAUUUAUCAUGGAACAGUUAAAGAUAAUGUCAAGUAUUGUGAUACUAGUGAUCAAGAGAUUACUGUAAAGGCUAUUGGAAAAUAUGACGCUUCUGGUGCUAUACCUGAUUAUCCAUAUAGUUUGAAUGAGGAGUGA